CCUCGGCUUCUCCUACGCAAUCGACGACCGCCGAACCAGCACCGCCUCCGCUCCGUCUUCGCCCACCGCCGGCGCCCGAACCAGCACCACCUCCCCUCCGCCUUCGCCCACCGUCAGCGGUCGAACCAGCACCACGCCUCCACCUCCCCUCCGCCUUCGCCCACCGCUUGCCGCCGAAGCAGCCUCGCGAGUCGCGACCCUCGCCGGAAAUUUGUUUGAAGAAACUGCUACAUAAUAUAUCAUUGAACUUUGAAUAAGGGGUGAGGAAACACCUAAAAACAGAACAAGCUUUCCUUGUAAAUUUUAGCAAAGAUGCGCUUAGUUCCUCUUCAUCUCUUAAAUGCCACCAUUCAUGCCGCUAAGCACCAGCCAAAAAUUUUAGCAUCAUGUGCCCUUUUCUCUUCAACCUUGCAUAGUUGUCUAGAGACACAAGAUAAACACGAAGGACAGCGACAAACAUGCCAACAUAUAGAGAAACAGAAACAAGAGCCCUCAAUUUGGUCUGCAGCUCGAAUCCAGAAAUUGAUUGCUUCACAAUCGGAUCCACUACUGUCCAAAGAAAUCUUUGAUUUGUUAUCUCGCCAGCCGAAUUUCAAGCAUUCUUAUGCUGCAUUCCACACCCUCAUCAUUAAACUUGGCCGUGCUCGCCACUUUUCACUCAUGCAGUCCGUCCUAUACUCUCUAAAGUCCCAACAGUUUUCCAUUUCCCCAUCGCUAUUCUCAAACAUCAUCCAGAUCUACGGUGAUGCUGGACUUCCUGACAAAGCCCUCAAAACCUUUUACACAAUCCUGGAGUUCAACAUGAAACCUCGUCCUAAACAUCUCAACCAAAUUCUUGAAAUCCUUGUUGCUCAUCAAUAUUUUAUUCGGCCUGCACUUGACCUCUUCAAAUCUGCUCAUCGGUAUGGAGUCUCACCCAACACCAAAUCUUAUAACAUCCUGAUGCAAGUUUUAUGUUUGAAUGAUGAUUUAAGCAUUGCCUACUCACUGUUUAAUCAAAUGUUUAAAAGAGAUGUUUUGCCAGAUGUGGAGUCAUAUAGAAUCAUGAUGCAAGGGUUGUGUAGAAAGAGUCAAGUGAAUAAAGCUGUUGAUUUGCUGGAGGAUAUGCUUAAUAAAGGGUUCAUUCCAGAUACUUUAAGCUACACCACUUUGUUAAAUAGCUUGUGUAGGAAGAAGCAGCUUAGGGAGGCUUUUAAACUACUUUGUAGAAUGAAGGUGAAAGGUUGCAAUCCUGACAUAGUUCAUUACAAUACUGUUAUUUUAGGGUUCUGUAGGGAAGGGCGUGCACUUGAUGCUUGUAAGGUACUUGAGGACAUGCCCGCAAAUGGAUGCCUACCCAAUUUGGUGUCUUAUAGAACAUUGGUUGGAGGCUUUUGCAGUCAAGGAAUGUAUGAUGAGGCAAAAGGUUAUGUGCAGGAGAUGAUGUCAAAAGGGUUUUCUCUACAUUUUUCAGUUGUUCAUGUAUUAGUCAAGGGCUUUUGCAACCUUGGUAAGAUUGAGGAAGCAUGUGGAGUGGUGGAGGUGUUGUUGAAGCACCAGAACAUUGUGCAUAUUGACACUUGGGCUGAAAUUAUACCUAAGAUUUGUGAGGAGGACAAUGCUGGGAAGUGGGGUGAUAUUUUAAAAGAAAUUACCAAGGUAGAGAUAAAGCCUGACUCAAGAAUAGUGGAUGUUGGUGCUGGUCUUGGUGAAUUUUUGAUCAAUAAAAUUAAAAGCAGAUCAAGUAUGAUUUGAUUGUUUCUUGGAAAAGGAAGUUGAUAUUUCUUGUGAGAAACCUGUGAAAAACCCCAAGAGAUUUGUACUAUGUUGUAUUUCUCUUUGCAAGCUUAUAACUCAAAGCAGCACUCCUCAAUCCCUGUUCUUUUUGUCUAGCUGCUGACUUCCCAGUUUUUACUCGAGUUCUUAAAGUGUAGCCCUUGAAGCUAUGAAGUCUUGACCCUAUGAAGUUUCAUUGUCCAGAAUGAAGUUAAAUGUCAUUUGCAAUCAUUGUUGCCAUUUCAAACAGUUGUGGAGAAUGGGACAUCAGAACACUUAGAUUUAAGAUGAUAUUUUUGGAGAUGGAUGGAUGUUUGUCACUCUUGUCUGGCUUCUUAUAGUUGUGUACUUUGAAAGCCAUGAACUCUGUUAAUAAUACAAAGAUAAACUUUUGAAUGGCACAGAGGUAUAUUUAUUCAACAUGAAAAUGACAGCCCAUCUUUAAACCCAAAAAAAAAAAAAAAAACCAUUACUCAGGAUGUGAAUCUGAGGUUACAUUACAGUACUAGCUCUGUAUGAGUUAUAAUCUGUAUACGAAAAUUAAACUGUAUAAACGGACUUAUAAAGUUUUAUGA